GCACUAGCUAGGAGCAUUAUAUCACAGCGAAAAGUUAAACACAGUCUUUAAACCAGAGAAAACCAACAAAAUGGCAGCUAACGAUUGCGGAGCUAGAUUAUCCAGAGAUCAUGAUAUUGUUAUUAUUAAUGUGGAUGGACUGGCAGCUGAGUUACAGAAUUUGAUGGCUGACAACUUGUUCAUGCCACAAGAGUGUUGCAUCUUCAGAGUCCCAACCAUACUCCUUAGGCACAACGCAGAAGCUUAUGCACCAAAUGCAUUUUCCAUUGGUCCUUUCCACUACAAGAGAAGCCCUCUGAUGGAAGCCACACAGAAAAUCAAAGUAAGAUACUUGCACGAUCUCAUCUCCGGCGGUCAGCCAAGCCCCCAGAGACGGUUAAGGGAUGUCAUCAAAGCCGUCACCGAUGUUCAUGAAGCGGCUUGCAAGUAUUAUGCCGGACCAAUUGGUAUGACCAUGAAUGAAUUUGUACAAGUUAUGGUGCUUGAUGGUUGCUUCAUCAUAGAGCUUUUCCGGAAGAAAGCGUGCCAAAAUCUUAGAGGACUGGACGACCCGGUAUUUGAAAUGUCUUGCUUGCUUCAAUUUCUAUACCAUGACUUGAUAAUGCUAGAGAACCAGAUUCCUUGGGUGGUGCUUGAAACUUUGUUUAACUUGCCCUUUGUUACCCGCAUUGACAAAAGGCCUCUUGUUCAACUUGCCAUUGAAUUCUUUGGCAACAUUUUCCCAACUUCAUCUUCUAAUAGUCUUCAGACACUUCUCUACCCUCAAAAUGAAAUCAAACACAUUCUUGAUAUGUUGAGGAAUUCAUUGGUUUGGCCUUCUUCUGUUACAAACGAGGCGGAUCUCAAUUGGCAACCGAUGCCUUCGGUCACAAGUCUCAAGAAGGCGGGAAUCAAGUUCAAAAAGGGAAAAAAUUCAAAAUCCAUCUUGGACGUUAAAUUCAACAAAGGUGUCUUGGAGAUCCCACCACUACUCGUUCAAGAGACAACUGAGCCACUAUUUCGGAACCUCAUCAGCUUCGAACAGUGCUGUCCGGGUUGUCAGCCCGUGAUCACCACUUAUGCUAUUCUCAUGGACAAUCUCAUCAACACGAACGACGAUAUAGAGUCACUUUCAAGGAUAGGAAUACUUGAAAACUGGUUGAGUGUUGAUGAAGCAACCAAAUUCUUCAACGAACUUUACACCGACACUUACGUAAAAGAGAACUAUUAUCUCAAUCUUACCAAGCAAGUCAAUGAACAUUGCAAACGCCAAUGGCCAAGGUAUAGAACGGUGCUUGUGCGUGACUAUUUUAAUCACCCUUGGGCAUUUAUUUCACUUGGAGUAGCGACUUUUAUUACGGUAUGUACAUUCAUACAGACCUUGUUUACCAUCAUGAAAUAG